GGGAUUCGUGGCGGACUCGCUGGCAUACCUGCAGGGCCUGCUGAGCCCCUGGGAGCUGCUGCCGGCGGUGCUGCAGGCGCGGGACCGUUUGAUUGCAAAGACGGUGGUGGACGCCCUGUCGGACCACACCGCCCGCCUGCUCGCAGCUGGGGCAGCAUCAGCCUCAUCAUCAUCAUCAGCAGCAGCAGCAGCAGUCGGUGGCAUUAAUGGUGCUGGUAUUGGUGCUGGUGGUGGUGGCGGCGGCAGUGGUGGCGGCGGCUGGCGGGUGGGUGAGGUGAUGCGUAUGGUCGCCAACGCCUGGUGCCUGGCGGCCGCGAUGAGGG